AUGUAUAGCCAUGUAUUGCCAUGUAUAGCCAUGUAUUGCCAUGUAUACCCAUGUAUAGCCAUGUAUAGCCAUGUAUUACCAUGUACAGCCAUGUAUUACCAUGUAUAGCCAUGUAUAGCCAUGUAUUACCAUGUAUUAUUAUGUAUCACCAUGUAUUACCAUGUAUAGCCAUGUAUAGCCAUGUAUAGCCAUGUAUAGCCAUUUAUAGCCAUGUAUUACCAUGUAUCACCAUGUAUUACCAUGUAUAGCAAUGUAUAGCCAUGUAUAGCCAUGUAAUGUCAUGUAUAGCCAUGUAUAGCCAUGUAUAGCCAUGUAUUACCAUGUAUUACCAUGUAUAGCAAUGUAUAGCCAUGUAUUGCCAUGUAUACCCAUGUAUAGCCAUGUAUACCUAUGUAUAGCUAUGUAUACCCAUGUAAUGGCAUGUAUUGCCAUGUAUACCCAUGUAUAGCCAUGUAUACCUAUGUAUAGCUAUGUAUACCCAUGUAAUGCCAUGUAUUGCCAUGUAUACCCAUGUAUAGCCAUGUAUACCCAUGUAUAGCCAUGUUUUGCCAUGUAUAGCCAUGUAUAGCCAUGUAUAGCCAUGUAUACCCAUGUAUAGCCAUGUUUUGCCAUGUAUAGCCAUGUAUUGCCAUGUAUACCCGUGUAUAGCCAUGUAUAGCCAUGUAUUACCAUGUAUAGCCAUGUAUUACCAUGUUCAGCCAUGUAUUACCAUGUAUAGCCAUGUAUAGCUAUGUAUUACCAUGUAUCACCAUGUAUUGCCAUGUAUUACCAUGUAUUAUUAUGUAUCACCAUGUAUUACCAUGUAUAGCCAUGUAUAGCCAUGUAUAGCCAUGUAUAGCCAUGUAUUACCAUGUAUCACCAUGUAUUACCAUGUAUAGCAAUGUAUAGCCAUGUAUAGCAAUGUAUAGCCAUGUAUAGCCAUGUAAUGUCAUGUAUAGCCAUGUAUUACCAUAUAUCACCAUGUAUUGCCAUGUAUAGCCAUGUAUAGCCAUGUAUAGCCGUGUAUAGCCAUGUAUAGCGAUGUAUUACCAUGUAUCACCAUGUAUUACCAUGUAUAGCCAUAUAUAGCCAUGUAUUGCCAUGUAUAGCCAUGUGUUGCCAUGUAUACCCAUGUAUAGCCAUGUAUUACCAUGUACUGUUAUGUCUAGCCAUGUAUUGUCAUGUUUUACUAUGUAUUACCAUGUAUUGCCAUGUAUUACUAUGUAUAGCCAUGUAUUGCCAUGUACAGCCAUGUGAUUCCAUGUAUUACUAUGUAUUGCCAUGUAUUGCCAUGUAUAGCCAUGUAAUGACAUGCAUAGUUAUUUAA